AAAUGGUUAUGUUACACUAUAGUGGUACGUAAGUAGCUGUUAGCUCAGUUGUAUACAUCUAUUCAUUUUAAAUCUAGGUCAAACAAGUGAGCAAGAUGUCCACUCAGCUGUCAGUGCAAUUCCUCGUUACUCCAAUCCUUCUCCUGGACAAGACAGUGAUUCUAAAAGCCAGAAAGUGGUCUCUGUACAUAAAACAUCAGGCAUGAAACACGAAAAGCUAGCCAAAGAUUUUGUACAGGAGUUUCACAAGUCAGUGUUAGAAACCACCCAGCAACAGUUAGCUGGGCAAAAUCGCCAGUGGUCAGCAAAGAAAAGGACAGGGAUCAGUUCACCUCCAACUCUGGACUUUCCUGAAAUGAUAAGUUAUCGGGAAAAGGCUGAGAAGUACCAUUGGCCCGGUAUUGAAGUGAUAAUGGAAGUCUAUGAAAAUUACUUAAGAGAACAAAAGCAAGAACAAGAGUUUCUGGUAGAAAGGUGCCAUUAUUUACAGAGGAAAAACCAAGAUGCUAACAAUAAUGCAGAGAGGCUCCAUUAUCAAAUGACUGAACUUCUACAAUUAAAGUAUCGACUAGAUGAAGAAAGACACGGCCAUCAGGCUGCAAUUGACUACUUAAAAAGGACUCUGCAGCUGAUGAGGUAGUAUCCAAAUUGUGUCAAGUGUUAUUUUGGACCUGCAUAACGUGAUUGCAUUUCCAGACUAGUGUUUCAAGUAAACAGUGGGAAAAGAAGACUACCACUGUAAAAAUCUUACUUUCAUCUCAUCAUAUAUUUACACAAUUCCAUUACUUGACAGGGUAGUCUUGUUCUAGCCUUGUUUUGUGUUUGUGCUCUAGAAAUUGCUGUAAUUUAAAAAAAAUAAUUUAUUUUUUCUUGAUGAAAUGAAGUAGCAUGGUAGUGUGACACUUAUUGACAAAGUUAUUUAUUGCUUCACCAUAGCUACUGUGUUAUCAUUUGUGAAGGACCAACACUUCAAGGAGAGAAGGGAAUAAUAACUUAUUCUUGUACUGGUUUUCUUUUUCAUAUACAAUUUUGGUGCAAACUUUUUUAUACAAAUCUCAAAGACUUUUGCCUUUUUUUUUACUAUCUUUUAAUCAUGUGUGGAGUGUUAUUUGUGCUUAGAAAUUUCUGUUGUAGUUAAAUUUAAGUAUUUACUAUAUAAAGCAUUUUUGUAAUAAACAAAAUACAAGGGAACUUAACUAAAUAAUUUAUUAAAAAUAACUCUUCUUUCUAUGUAGAACUUCCUUCUACUGGGAAAGUUUAUAUAAUUUUGAUAAUGGUAACUAUGUAAUAAUUUUAUCUCUGCAUUGAUUUUAAGGAUGAAAUUAUACAAGUAGAACACUCAGCUGUACCUAUAUUUCUAAAUUUUUUGUUUAGCUUAAUGGCUACCUCCUCUUUGUAGAAACUAUAAUUGUGUGCUGCCAUUUAGUUCUGAACUAAAUGCAACUAUGGAAUUUUGAAGUAAAGAAAAACCAUUAGAAAAAAAGUGAGUUUUACAUACAAUUCAAAAAGUCAUGUUAAAUAAUACAAAAUUACAAAACUUCUCUGGUAAAAUUGUGAUAAAAAGGACUUAAUAACAUACCAUCUAGAAAAACUAAAUGUAAGUUAGACUGGUAGUUUUGUAAAUCCUGUAGUUAUUGAAGUGACUCAAUAGUUGUAUCCACUCUGGUAAUUUCAUCAGUUGGAGCAUCUGGACUUCUUUCUAAAAUUCAAUUUAACAUACAAAAUACAAUAAUAAAAUUUUGAGGUACCUGAAAUUUUAUUGUGAUUAUAUCAGAUAUUAGAUACAUAUUUGUGUAUAACAAAUUUUAAUUGCAAUGUAUUUAAAAAUUUUCCAUUACAAGUGCCCAUUUUUUGUUUGCACUGUGUAAAAACACUAACAAACUAGGUUCAAUGUGUACUGAAGAGGUCAAGGAAGCAGUAAGAAUGUCAAUAUAUAUCAGUAACAACCUAAUAAAUCUGUAGCACUGUUCUUA